AUGGUACGGGACCCCUCGAUCGUCUCGCCCUCCCUCACUGGCAGCACCACCGGCGGCGCCUCGCCGCGAGACGUCGCGCCGGACUACUCGACACGAGUCUGGCGGUCCGUGCUUCCCGCCGCUGCGAUCCCGCGCCUCGCCGAGGAUUGCGCCUCCGCGUACCUCAAAGUCAAGACGACGACGCGUAAUCGCGGCAUCGAGUACGAGACGAACGCAACCUACUGGAUCGGAGCCUCAUGCGCGCCGAGGACUGCGCUCGAGGCGGUGGCGCUCGACAUCUUCCGGCACCACUCGCGCGGUGUGCGGUUCGACGCCUCCUCGUCUGGCGCCGAGUGGUGGACGCAGGUCGUCGAUGAGGAGCUCGACAUCCCCUUCCACUGGGACAGAGACUACGAGCUGCAGAAGGAGGAGGGCGUCUGCCUGCAUCCGCACGUCGCCUCCGUCACCUACCUCACCGGCCUCGGCGGAGCUCCCACGCUCGUGCUGCCCGUCGCCUCGCCCGUGCUCGCUGCCGAUCUGCCGGCAGCCUGUGCAGGGAGGGUCCGAUCAGCCUCGGCUUGCCACCCGGCCGCGGGAUUCCACCUCUCGUUCGACGGGCGGCUGCUGCACGGCGCCCCGGCGGCGCUCAGCGGCGGCCGGCUGGAGGGGAAGCGGGUGACGCUCCUGGUCAACGUGUGGCUCAACUGGAAGCCUGGCGGCGCCGACCCGCUGCACGAGGAGGUUGCGCGCACUCUCUCCGCGGCGAGCGUGCCGCUGUCGUGGCGGCAUCCGUGCGAGCCGAGCGCGCGGCGGCUGGGGAAGAGGGCGAGAGGGGACGGGAGGACGCCGAGCGAGGGGGGCGAGGGCGGUGCGCACGAGUGGACGCUGCGGGGCUACGGGAGGGAUGCGGAGAGCGAGGGGGCGGGCAUGGCCCUCACCCUCCCGGUCUCGGAGCACUGGACGCGCGGCGAGGCGGGCGGGCUGGUGUCGUUUAGCUGGGGAGGAGGGGUUAAGGCGGUGCUAGCGAGUCGAAACAUGUGCAUAGCGUGA